UACAACACGCGCGGACAACAUUUAAUGUCGAGGUGUAAAAGAGCUGGCCCAUUAAUUUUAUAAUUUUAUAUAAAAAGCGUUUUUAAAAAUAUUAAAAACAUGGCCACGGCUGAAGCUCAAGUCAAUGCGAACACAAAUUUGCAAAAGCAGGACCUUAGCAAUUUGGAAAUCAGCAAUCUGACGCCUCUGUCAGCGGAGGUGAUCUCGCGCCAGGCAACAAUCAACAUUGGCACAAUCGGUCAUGUAGCCCACGGCAAAUCCACCGUCGUCAAAGCCAUUUCUGGAGUGCAGACUGUCCGCUUUAAAAAUGAACUGGAACGAAAUAUUACAAUUAAACUCGAACGCUUAAGCGAAUCGAAAAUCCAAAAGCUUGUGCACUCCAAGCAGAAGCGCAUUGCCUACGAAAUGAAGCAGCGUCGACUGCUCAAAGGCCUUGCCCAGCGCAGGCAAAAACAGCAAAAGCAAUGCCAAGGAAGCAGCCGCAUGGACUUGUUGCCACAGCCGUCUUCUUCCCACAGCCAUUUAUUCGCACAUCACACAAGACCUAGGCGCAGUUGCAGCCAGAGCUCGCUCAGUCCCAGCCAGAGUAGCGGUUAUGGCAGUGUUUUGGGCUCGGACGAACACGAUGCUAUUCUGGGAUCACAACGCAUUCCAGCUGCCGGUGGUAUGCAAAAUAAUACUCUGAAGCGACGACGCAGUACCCGAUCUAUCCCCGAUAUACAAUUGCCCGUUCUGAAGAUCUCCAAAAACAAUGAGGGUGUGCCGAUCAAGAAGCCAAAAGGCGAGCACGUCGUGGAGCACAUUCAAUGCGUCGAAGUUGUGAAUUACGAGCCCGUUUUCUUUGUCAAGUGGUUGGGCUUUGACAGCAGCCUGAACACCUGGGAAGAUUUUGUUAAUCUCUCCGAUUGCGUUCAACUCGAGCAUUUUGUUGACCGCCAAACCCACUUUUAUAAAGUGUAUAUUGACGAAAUUGUGGGCAAGCUGGAGACACAAUUGGCCAAUAGUCCUCCACUUGAUUUAAGCAGCAUUAACCUCAAGCAGGAUGUGGAUAACUAUGAGCCCUUGCCCUUGCAUUUAGAUUUAAUACUGCUGGCCCAGUACGUUGCGGCUGGCAGUCGCAGUCAACGCGAACCGGAACGCAUUGGCAAGCGGGCACUGCGACGCCUUCAACUCCAACAUUGCCACCAUGCGCGUCGUAAGCAGCUGCUGCAGCUGGCUGAAUUCGAGAGCCGCAUGAACAGCAUCGAGAUGCCAGCACCGCCCAUUCGUGUGCGCAACGAUGUUGAUCUGGACACCAUCGAUGCAAGUUUCGUCUACAUACAAAAGAACAUAUUGGGCGCUCUGGUGCCACGGCCUGGGCCGCCCAUUGUCGGCUGCACUUGUUCAGUAGAGUGCAACUGCAGGAGUAGCUGCUGUUCCCGUCUCGCCGGCGAGCUGUUUGCUUACGAUCGGACAACGCGACGCUUGCGUCUACCUCAGGGCAGUGCCAUAUAUGAGUGCAAUGCUCGCUGUAAAUGUGAUGCCAGCUGCACAAAUCGAUUAGUGCAACACGGACGCAAGCAUCCGCUGGAAUUGUUCAAGACGAGCAACGGAAGGGGCUGGGGUGUACGCACACCCCAGCUGCUGCGCAAGGGCGAGUUUGUGUGCGAAUAUGUUGGCGAGAUCAUCACCACCGAUGAGGCGAAUGAGCGCGGCAAGGUCUACGACGAUAGGGGACGCACGUAUCUCUUUGAUCUGGAUUACAAUGCGACUGCGGAGAGUGAAUAUACCAUUGAUGCGGCUAAUUAUGGCAACGUUUCGCACUUUAUCAAUCAUUCGUGCAAUCCCAAUUUGGCUGUGUUUCCCUGCUGGAUUGAGCAUCUGAACGUUGCACUGCCGCAUUUAGUAUUCUUUACGCUGCGCCAAAUUAAACCUGGCGAGGAGCUCAGCUUUGAUUACAUACGCGCUGAUAGCGACAAUGUACCCUAUGAGAAUCUAUCGACAGCAGCCCGCGUUGAAUGUCGCUGUGGCGUCGACAAUUGCCGCAAGGUGCUCUUCUAGACGACGUCACACAAGCAAUGUCAUAAUCGUUUAUCGCAUGUGUGUUCAAUAUUAAUUAAAAUGCUGAAUUAUAGUUAGACUCUUAACCGAUAAUAAACUUGACCCAACUUGAACAACAGACAAAGAAUAAAUAAAACAUUGAACAAAAUAUGUUCUGUUUAUUGUUAAUUAUAGAAUUCCUAAAAAUUUUUGCAACGGAGAAAAGCAAGUUUUGUGUAUCUGUGUAUUAUCUCUUAUCGUUUUAUAGUUUUCCUUUUUUUUUGCCAAAGUAUUAUACAUUUGAAUUAAGAGCUUAUUGAAAUUGCUCUCUGCAUUUCAUUGAAUUUUAAAUUUGUCCCAUUAUGUUUGAUUGCAUAUAAUUAUAUGAAUAUUUAUAUGUGUAUGCUCUAUAUGUAAAUUGUGUAUUUAUAAUGUCCAAUUUAUGUCGAUUAUAAAAUAAAUAAAAAUAUUGC